ACUUUCAUUGUAUGGACAAAAACUUCAGUUUUUCAGAAUAUCUUAUUCUAUGUUCCAUAGAAGAAAGUACGUCAUACAUGACAGAAUUUUCAUUUCAAGGUGAUCUGUAUCUUUUAAGUGUCAUAUUUAUGAAAAAAAAUUGUAAUUAUGUGCAGGAUUAUGGAAUAUCAAGACAGAAAUGACUAGCCCCUGCAACUUGCCUGCUCUUGAGUUACCAUGGGAGGAGCAUUGGGGGCAGACUUCAUGCUCCUCAUUCGCUUUUUCUCUCCAUCCAUUGAUGCGUUUACUCUCUCUCAUCAUAAUUUUGUGCAUUCGAGAGAGAGGUGUUCGGCUGCUUGUGCAUGCAUGCUCACUCUCAUAAAUGCAUAAAUGACUGACACUGCGAAGAGAGAGUGAGAGCGAAAGGGAAGGAGGGGGCAGGAGUGCAGGGGGAAUCAGCACUAGCAUCAGUGAGCGAGAGAGAGAGAGAGAGAGAGACCAGACAGGGAGGAGAGGAGAAUAGAGGACAGUUGGCUACAUCGCUCCUCACACACAGACGGAGGUGGAGAGAGGAGCGGAUGAGAGACUGUGGGGGAAGGAGAGGACAAAAGAAGACCGCUGUGCAGUUCAUCACGCCAUUCCAAAGAAGUGAGGCUGGACAAGACUGACGCUGAACGAGGGAGCCGGCGUGACUUUGUGAUUUUGAAGAAAACAGAAGAAAAGGAUAAAAUAAAAGAGCGUGUUUUUGUCUUUCAGGGAGGGGGCUGAGCCAGAAAGCAUGUGAGGGAGAAGGAGGAAAAUUGCCUAGCACUGUUUAAAUAUUAAUGUGAUUAUGAUGUGAACAUGGAGGUCGUUCGUUUUUAACUAAAACGUGGCUCUCUCGUUCUCUUUUUAAUCCAAGGACUUAGUGGAUGAAAUAACUUUCUGCAGCAACUACACCGUGAGGACCACCAAAAAAAAGCUCUUUAAAUUGUUUUGUUUACUUUUUUGGAUUAUAUCUUAUGAACUCUUCUAUUUUUAAUUUACAUAGUGAUUUUUUGGUGUUACUUAAGAGUUAUGCAGACAAAAAUCAGGAUUUUUAUGCAAAACUUAGAUGUCUGUUUUUUUGUGUAUAAACGGGUGCUUUCAUAGAUAUCAGUAGAUAUUUAAUAGAUAUCAGGACUACUUUUUAGCUUUUGCUAGUUUUGCUAUCUUUAGGCGGAAGUGUGCAUGAGUCUGUCUUAAGAGUGUGUGUGUGUGUGUGUGUACUCGAGCAAUAUUUGAUUUUCUCAUUUGGACCAGUGCCACGACUGCGCUCUGUGCAUGUGUUCAGAUGUGUGUCUGGUUCUUUUUGAGUUUGGAUGUCAACACUGAUCACCGCUGUGGUGUUUGUGGCGGCAGCGGUUGAACUGUCCUGUCCUGUGCCAGUGCUCACUGCAGAACAUUGAUUCAAGCUGGCUCUGAGCUCUCGUGGUUGGACAGGGAGAGAGCCGACAGGUUUUGUGUUGGCAAAACUUGUUGGCCUUUGCUUGGGUUGUGUCACGACUCUUGUCUCGCACGUUUUUUUCCCUAGUCUGUUACCAUAGCAACAGUUUCAUUGGCAUGUUAAGUUCUCAAUGUCUGUCUUUUACAACUUCAGCGCUAUCGUGUUGCAGUGUCCCAAGCUAUGCUUUUAACUGGACUCAGUGUUCAAUGUCGAAUUCGGAAAGAGUCGUGCCUUCAAACCUUACAAGAGUUCAAGUUGCUCGCUCUGAAUCUUUAGUUCAUUUAGCCAAUCUCUAAAUAAGAGUUGCCAUAUCCAACAUUGGACUUAUUUUUUCGCUGACGUCAAAAUCAUUGAUUUAUGAUGUUUUAUAUUCAAAUGGUGUAGUUAAACUCAGGUUUUUCCAUCUGUGCUGGAGCUCAACUGCACUAAUUCAACAUCUGAUUUACCUUUAGGAGAUUAGUGAGAUUAGCUGUUUCGGCUUACAUUAAUUAUAAAUAUACAGUCUAGCCUAUUAACCACACCUGUGCUUGACUGUAGUCUCUCUGGUUAACUUGCCUUUGGUUUCACUUUAUGAUGAACAGGAACCUCUCAGAAUUUAGAUACAGUGUAGCCACUGUUGGGCUGGCAUCUCGUUCACUCAUGUGUUUCUGAAGCAACCCAUCAUUAUCAAAACAGGGAUUUUGCCAUAUUCCUAACUGACAGGUGCUACACCCAAGCUAGGUUACCAAUAGUGUGGUUAUGAUAUUAUUUAAAUGUUCUUUUUUAAUAUAUAUAUAUAUAUAUAUAGUUGGAUUUCUACUUCUCUGUACAAGUUCUCCUAAAUACUGUGCUGUUCCUGUGCCAUGUUGUGUUGAUGUCGAUAUAGUCCAUGACACGAUGAGCAACUCGUUAAUACAGCCAAGUCUGGGACACUUCUGUGUAAGUGCACAAGAUAUAAAAUGAGCAAAGCCGUUUGGACUAUACUGAAUACAGUGAGCUCUGCAGCACUAAACUACUGGUGCCAUGUCAUCGUGAUACGGUUUACGAACAUUAUCUCAUAACUUACUGCACUUUGUCAACCAGGUCUGAGUGGUUCUCUUUACAGGUCCUCUGUGAGGAAUCUCUCCAUAAGAAUGGCCCAAUAGCACCACUAACGUGACGCUUUGUAGAUGCAAAGGAGUGCGCACACUCGGGUCUUGUCGCAGUCAAAACCGAGAUAAUCGAGCCACAUCAUUGUCUUUGACUGCCUGUUGAUCUGUUGGAACAACUUGGGAUGUCUCACAUUAAUUCAUGCACGUCUGAGGCAAGACACUAUGUCUUUUUGAAGCCCUGAGGCUUCUUUGUGGUCACACACUGGUGCUAAAGAGUGAAAAAAAAAACAAUCAGAAACACCUGAAUUGACAAAGGAAACCACAACAAUAGAAGCUCAAGGUGUUUUUGUGUUUGCUGAUGUAAAAUAUACAUAUAUACAGUGAAAACCAUUGUACAUAGAACAAGAGUGGAUUUGGUCGAAGUCAGCUGGACUUGGCUAUAAAUGGCAUUCAUAAUACCAGUAGAAACUGUUAAUGGUCUAUAUAUUCCAAUCAUUUGUGAGGUUUAGAGUUACCCUGGUCUGUUAGCUCAGAACUGUUAGAGGUUACAAGACUGUUGCCUCUCUAUCAGAGGUUUUAAAGUGCUUUCCCCUAGGGAUGUGCAUUGGUGCAGUAAAAUUCGGUGUUUGACUUUGCUAAGUGACAUUUAGGUGGUAGGUUUUCACUCAGGAAACAGAUCUAUAAAGAUCCGCUCAAUCCAAGACUUGUUUGCCUGAUUUUAAGGUGUCAUUUAGGCUAAUGAGCAUCUGAUUGAUUUUCCAGUUAGCGUCUAAUGAGCAGAUCUCUGGAGGCGGGACUUCAGAUUUGGCCAGUCGGGUCUUAUUACCGUCACCCUGACAGUGCUGAAACGUGGUUGUUUUAGGAACAUCAUAGUUCCCUUGCGGCUGGAUUGUCACACUUCAACUUCUUCACGGAUCACACCAACCAAUCAGUGAUUCUCUAAAUGGUGCUCAAACCCAUGUUAUCUUCUAUACAGUAUCUUCUGACUGUUUCAGGGCUUUCUGAGUCAUUUGUCCUUUUCUAAAUCACAUUUCUACAAACUGUUGUUUAUCAGGGUUAAUUAUCUGUGUAUAUAAUCAAAUAAUUUUUUCCUGAGUUUGUUGAUUCAGUGAAUUAAUGCGCUAAUUUGAAGAUCGCAACGAGGCUCUCAGGUGUUAUUUUUUUGUAUUUUCAUUUUAAAGGUAAAUAGGAGUAGCAGGACAGCCUGGAGAACGGGAAAGAAGACGUGGGAGGGGGCGCGGGGGAGCGAGAGAUUAUCUGGAAGAAGAGAGCGAGUGUGUUGGAGAGGGAGAGGGAGAGAGAGCUGGAGAGGCAGAAGCUGGAGGAGGAGAGGAGGAACACUGUGGGAUACACGGUGUGGAGGCUGAGGGAGGGAUUUCAGGAGAGGAAGGAUAGAGAGGAGGAUAGACUUAAAGGGACGAGUGCAGAGGGCGCGAAAGCUGCGCAGCCGGAGGUGAUCUGGAAAAGACGAGAGGAAGAGGAGGAAAAAGAUAGGGAUAGAGCUCGGCUUGGCGAUAGAGGUCCCACAAUCAUCUGGAGGAGGAGGGAAAGGGAGUGACAGGAAAAGAUGGGGAUGUGUCGCUUUUCAGAUGUGUGACAGGACAUGAGGUGGCAGAUUCAGACGGUACAAAUAAACUUGCAUGUACUCAGACUUCAUGUAAUCUAGGUGCUAAAUAGUGUACAUCAGGUCCCUUUUUAUGUCUUGUAUGAAAUUAAGUGUUGAAUUUAAGUCUGGCUUAUAGUAAAAUGUGUAUUGUAUCAUAUUAAUAUAUGUAUAUGUACAAAAAACUCGAGUUUCAUUUCAUUUUUCAUUAUAUAUUUAUUAAUAAUGUUGAAGGAAAAAUGAAACAUUUAGCUGCACUUUAGCUUCUGAACUUCAGAUUUAGCUUAAUAUUGUAUGCAUAAUUUCAGUUUUUACCAAUAAAUUGGGUAGUUUCAAAUCAAGUGAUAAUUAACAGACCUUCUAGAGGUCAGUGUAACCCUUGUAGUAGAUCCCUGGUGUACUUUUUUAACACCUGGACUAAAUUAAGUCUUUAAACCAAACGGUGAGGAUUAUGUUGAUCAGUGCCAGUCUAAUCAUCACUGAACGCAGCAGUUUGAAUCAUUAUUAAAUGGUCCACAUUCACUGGAUCAGUACUUUUAGCAUAUUCCAUCCAUCUCUUCCCGCUCUCUUCCUCUCUCACUCUAUUGAUCCGUCUGUCUGACGGAAGCCUCCUCUCUGAAAGUCUCAGCUGCAGCUAAUAGGCUUUUUAUGGGAGUCUGUCAGACAAGAGCUAGUAGAGAGGAGCCCAGCACAUGCAAAGAGAAAUAAACAUGCACAUAAACACACUCGCAUGCAUAUAAAACAGUAGUACUAUUUCACACAUCUACCGAGAUGGAUUAUGUCUGGAGCACUUAUGUCUGACUACAUCAGUAACUUCAUGACAAUCAUUCUAUAUUUAGUCAUUCCUAGUGUCCUGAGAAGCUCUAUGCAGACUUAAGAUCUGAUGCAAAACCUACAAGCUGUGUAUGACGACAGCAGAAAACUUUAUUACAUUUUUUCAUCUGUCUUUUCGUCUCCUUUGGCAUCCUGUUUUUGAUACUUUCCGGACCUCUCUGGUGUGAUGAUGAAGGAAUCGGUAGAUGCAGAGAAAAAGAGGACUAUAAAAGACAAGCGAAGACAAGCUAUCGAUUGCGAUAGAGCGGCGUGGAGAGACAUUUAAGGACGUUUAGUGGACAACUAAGACGGCUGAGACAUCAUGGAGCUCGUCCCCAAAACCAAAUACACGCCCUUCAGGAGCGACUCCUUCAGCUCAACAGACGAGACUGCAUCCAAUCCCUCUCUCCCUUCUUCUGCCCCUCUCACCCCUCUCACCCCCCCUGGGAUCCCUCCUUCUCUCUCCUCCUCCUCCCUCACUCCCAUCCUCCCCUCUUCGUCUCCACGGCAGGCUGAAAACAGCCCCACCACCCUCUGCUCCUUUUUCCCCAGGAUGGGAGCCCUGCGGCUGGGUGUGUCUUCCACUCUGCUCCCAGGCCUGAAGGCCUCCAGCAGGCCGGCAAGCGUGCCAGGUGGUCAGAGAGGUUUGGGAGAGUCUCUGGAAGACACUCGGACCUCUGCUGCCAGCUCUUCUCCUCCUUUUCCUCUCCAUUCUCUAACAGCCCCAUCUCCUCCUCCUCGUCCCCCACAGGAUAUGAACCGGCUGGGUGGGGCCUCGCGGAGGGCCCGUGUGGAAGGGGGUCAGCUCGGCGGAGAUGAGUGGACGCGGCACGGAUCCUUUGUCAACAAGCCCACCCGAGGCUGGCUGCACUCGGACAGUGUGGUCAGCGCAUCUGGGGUCUCCUACACUGUCAGGUAUAUGGGCUGCGUGGAGGUGAUGCAGUCAAUGAGAGCGCUGGACUUCAACACCAGAACUCAGGUUACCAGGGAGGCAAUAUCAAUGGUGUGUGAGGCAGUACCAGGUGCCAAAGGAGCUCAGAGAAGGAGAAAGCCCUCCUCUCGUGGUCUCUCCUCCAUCUUAGGGAAGAGUAAUCUCCAGUUUGCAGGGAUGACAAUCAGCCUCACCGUGUCAACCAGCAGUCUAAACCUACUGGCAAUCGACUGCAAACAGGACACAGCAGAGUAUGUUGCCUACGUCGCCAAAGACCCCGUCAAUCAGAGAGCAUGUCAUAUCCUGGAGUGCUCAGAGGGCUUGGCUCAGGAGGUCAUCAGCACCAUCGGCCAGGCUUUUGAACUCCGCUUUAAACAGUACCUGAAGAACCCCCCCAAAGUGGUUACCCCUCAUGACCGGAUGGCUCCUUUCGAUGGGUUGGCCUGGGAGGAAGAGGAAGAGGACCUGCCUCCUCCUCAAGACUUUCCGUAUUACAAUAACUUCCCCGGUAAACAGGCUCCCAUUGGAGGCUUGGUUGACAUGAGGACCCGUCCUGGACACAGUACAGGAGCCACGCUGCCCUUUGGACAGCCCAGCCAGAACGAUAUUCACAAGCAGCCUCUUCCUCCUCUUCCAGUGGGUGUUAAGGAGGGAGGCUUGUUUGAUGACCCCUCAUACGUCAAUAUUGAUAAAUCCCGCCUCCCAGCGCCAGCAGCCAAUGGGAAUGCUACCAGAGAUGUAUUUGAUAUGAAGCCAUUUGAUGCUGCUUUAGUCAUGUCGGGAACAGUGGCGCCCCCUCUGGCUGAGCAGCUACAAAACGAGCCCUGGUUCCACGGUCCUAUAAGCCGCAGGCAGGCCGAAAGACUCCUGACCAAGGAUGGAGACUUCCUGGUGCGGGAGUCAAACACCACACCAGGCCAGUACGUCCUCACUGGACAGCAGGGCGGUCAAUCGAAACACCUGCUUCUGGUGGAUCCAGAGGGAGUGGUGCGCACCAAAGACCACCGCUUCGAGAGCGUCAGUCACUUGAUCAGCUAUCACAAGGACAACCGGCUGCCAAUCAUCUCGGCAGGAAGUGAGGUGUGUCUGCAGCAGCCAGUCGAUCGCCGUGCUUAAACAAAAAACAAAAAAAGGCAGAUCUUUCUCCACCACACAUUUAAGAGAAACAAACUCCUCUAUUUCCUGCUAUUUUUGCCAGACUCUAUUAGAGAAAAGCAUUUUUUUUUUCUUCUUUUUUUAUCCGUUGGGAGUGUAAGAUAAUCAUAUCUUCACAGAAACAAAGAAUUUUGUACCGCAUCAAUUACCGGCCAUGAAAUUACCAAGCGAUGCAAUCAUUCUACUCGAGGACAAACGGUCACGUCGCUUGAAAUAAGCGAUUAUAAAAAGCCAAACUAUGAAUGGAUCAUGUCCCAAACACGACUUCAUGUCUCAAAUUAUUCUUCGAGUCGAGAGUUGAUGUGAAUGCACUAAAAUUGCAGAACCUUUGAAGCACUCUAAAGAUUCACAUCUCGUGCAAUGGGCGAAAUCCAAAGAGUUUGUCUUCAGAGAGCAUUUUGUUGCGGCCGUUUGGAAAUCUUGCACUUCCGUGGUGUCCUGACUGCCUGAUGAAUAUGCAAAACUUUAAAGAGAAUCCAGAGCUCAUUCUCACGAUCCCCUUCCGCAUCUCAUGAAUCACAUCCAGAAUUCCCACCGGAAUAUCUCUGUUCUCAGUGUUCCCGCCAGGGGAUAACACACAGAAAUGCCUCUUAAUCUCAACCUCACAAUACCCUUUAUAGAAUUCCGAACGUGAGGAAUUUUGGUUACUUGGGAAGACCCCUGGACAUAUGUGAAAGCUUGUGUGGAUUUUUCCUUAUGCAAAUAAGCAGACGCUGUGAGGGACUUAACGCGGCCUGUUAUGAGAUACAACAAACUAGACUGUGGAAAAAGGGAACAUUCCCUUUCCACAUAACAUCAUAUAUCAGCUUGGGACAAAAGGGACAAGAGAAAAAAAAUGAAGUGCAAUGAGUGGACAUGGGUGCGUAAGCCUGAAUAGGACUGAAGGAUCGUAGUUUGAGAUCAGAUUAAAGCCUUUUUAUGAUGUCAUUUUAACUAAGUUUUUAUAUAUUUGUUGCAAUGAUGUCAUCUCGGUCAGCUGACGUCAUCAUUGGGAUGGUUUUAAUCUGGGAAAUAGAGGUUCUAUUUAUCUUGUGGAUGUCACUUCUGUUCGCAUUGACAAUCGAUUUCUUCAAAUAUAUCGAGUUGUCAGCUGCUUCUGUUUGUCCCGGAGACUUGAGUUACUGGAGAAAGCGUAAGGAGGCUAUGGUGUGUGUUACAAAACCUGCGUCCUUUUCAGAGAUUCACUAUAAUCACUUUGCAUCUGAACAACAUAUAUAACAUAUAGGGGACACACCAGCCAAGAAGAGGAAAAGCGCUCCAAAUGAAUUGUGAACGUGUCUUUGCAGCCGCAAGUGCAGUUUCUGUUGAAGCCACAAACAGGAAACCACGUUUUUCAUCUUUGUUUGCUCUGAUAUUGAUCGUGCCUUUUUACCAAACACAGACACACCGAUAAAACACAGUCGCCUUUUUGUGAUUCUAUGGGUAAUCAUGACACUUUCUUUUCUGGGAAAAAACAACAACAACGGAAAAGAUAAUCAACUGCAAAAACGACACCAGUUUAGUGAGGCUCAGAACAGGUUUUGGGAAAGCAGUCUUCUGCACAUUAAUUCUGCUACGCUGUUUUUACUGUGCUUAGUUUAGUGCUGGUCUGUGGGUUAAAUAAAACUGCUUAGUAUCGUGUUAUGUUGCUUCAACUUCAGUAUGUGAAUAAACACCUUCUAUCUGUCAUUUAGUAACCAACAUUAGCUGCCCUGCAAGAGAACAUGUAAAUAAGCUUUGCCUAUGCUAAUAGCUGUCUAAAACCAGUCAUUCACUGUGUGGAUCUGUGUCUAAUAUAUCUGUUGGGAAUUUGUAAACUCGCAGGAAAAAAACAUGAAGGUGUAAGAUUUGACAUGCUCUCCUGAAGACAACGCAGUAGCAUUGUUUUUAAUCACACAAAUCUAUGUAAAUUGAGGAUUCACUUAGUCAGAUGUGCAAAGAACUUAUCUGGAUACUUUAUCAAUUUGAGAUGGGCAACUUU